AUGGAGGGCGGCGGGGGUAGUGGCAACAAAACCACUGGAGGGUUGGCCGGCUUUUUCGGAGCCGGCGGAGCAGGCUACUCGCACGCGGAUUUGGCUGGAGUCCCGCUAACUGGUAUGAACCCUCUGUCUCCUUAUUUAAAUGUGGAUCCACGGUAUCUCGUACAGGAUACAGAUGAGUUUAUUUUACCAACUGGAGCUAAUAAAACCCGGGGUAGAUUUGAGCUGGCCUUCUUUACCAUUGGAGGAUGUUGUAUGACAGGGGCUGCAUUUGGGGCAAUGAAUGGUCUACGGCUAGGACUGAAGGAAACCCAGAACAUGGCCUGGUCCAAACCAAGAAAUGUACAGAUCUUGAAUAUGGUGACUAGGCAAGGGGCACUUUGGGCUAAUACCCUAGGUUCUCUGGCUUUGCUUUAUAGUGCAUUUGGUGUCAUCAUUGAGAAAACAAGAGGUGCAGAAGAUGACCUUAACACAGUAGCAGCUGGAACCAUGACAGGCAUGUUGUAUAAAUGUACAGGCGGUCUUCGAGGGGUAGCACGAGGUGGUCUCGCAGGACUAACACUUACAAGCCUCUAUGCUCUAUAUAAUAACUGGGAGCACAUGAAAGGCUCUUUGCUCCAACAAUCACUCUGA